GUAACAGUUGGUCGUUACAUGUAAAUACAUAAAAGUUAGGGAUCAUAAUUGAAGAUUGAUUUGGGGGUUAAGAUGUAAUAGUCAAGAACGGUAUAAAAACACGCGUUCUGUGUGUUGGUUGGAUAACGAAUACAAUAACAGAAAUUCCGUCCCCAUUCUCUCUCUUUCUCUGUCUUACUUUCCCUUCUUCCUCUGUCGAGAAACGAGCGAGCAACUGCACUUCGCCAUUGCCAUCCCAAAUUGAGAGUUGAGUGGAUCAAUAGACUUGGGACGUUGCAAGGUGGUAUCAGAGUUGUCCAUCGACAGGAUGGCAACGACAAGGACGGAAGAAUGUUUGGUUUCUCUCACUAAUCACACUGCUCUGGUGGAAACGAGUUUGGAGGAAAUCAAUUCGCAGCUGCAACAUCCUAAUGCCGCCAUAGAUGAGCAUUUGGAGACUACCAGCGAACGCUUCCGCCGGAAUGAAGUUCAACUCUAGGAUUUGGCUACUUGCGCAGAAGGUCAUUCGACUCAGCUGACCACUAUCACCACUCGUCUUUCAGGGAUUGAUGACCGUUUCGACAAAGUUUUGCUCCAUCUCGAGGUGCUCGGUCAACCUCGCCCAACGGUGGUCGUCGCAGGUGCGGUAUGGCGGACCGGCAACAUGACCGAGGAUUCUGCCUCAGCCGAUGGUUCGAGCAGCUCCGAUGGCGCCACCACCACCUGUUCCAGUCCAGGUCCAACGCGUUGCAGAUCUGGAAAAUUUACGGCCGAAUAGGGGUAACAACUUCUAUCAGCUUCCUCACCUCGAUUUUCCUCAAUUUUCUGGCGAGAAUCCACUGGAAUGGGCUCGUAAAUGCAAGAAAGUUUUUGAGAUUUACAAGACACAUGAGGAUCAGAAGGUGGCGUUGGCUUCUGUGUAUUUUGAUCGGUGGCCGGACAUUUGGUUCGAAGGCUGGAAGGUAGGUCGUCGUGAAUGGCUUUGGGAGGAGUUUGUGGUGAGUUUGUGCAAUAGGUUCACUGAUUAGUCGUUUGGCGGUGUGGUUGGUGAGUUCAAUAAGGAUCUCUUACUGAAUAUCAGGAAAGGUUUGAGGAAUUGAAGUCACAGAUGGUGCGUUAUAAUCCGAUUUUAGAGGAAUGCUACUUCAUUUCCAGUUUUAUUAGCGGCUUGGAUGAGGAAUUGCGGUCUGUAGUUACUAUGAUGGAGCCUCCAUCUUUGUCUCAGGCUUUUCAUAUAGCCAGGUUGGAAGAGAAAUCCAAUGAAGCUCGUCGCAGGAAGUGGCGCAAUAACUAGAGGUGGUAAAUGGAUUGGAUUGGUGGAUUGAUGGAUUGGAUUGGUGGAUCCAUGGAUUAAAUGGAUUGGAUCUAAUGGAUUGGUGGAUUCAUGGAUUGGAUCAAGUGGAUUGGUGGAUUAUCCAUGAAUCCAAAUGACAUCAUCAACCAAGGACCAAUAUGUAAAAUGUAAAAAGUUUAGGUAAUAAAAUGCCAUAAUGAAA